GAAAAAUGUUUUUGCAUGUUUUCCAGGUGUGUGUUUUUGUACAUAGUUUGUCCACUCCAGUAAGCUAGGCUUGCCUUUUGCUUUAUUCUCCAUUCAAUAUCCUUGUGAAACAGUAAUUGUGUUGGACAUUCUGGCCUGGAAAUAACUUGGUAAUGGAAGAAAUCUCGGAGUCUUGUGCCCAGCAGCCCCCGCGUCCUGCAUCUGCGCCCCUGUCGGAGGUGCAUCGUCCUCUUCCACCGGCACGUGUCAUGUCCCAUGAAGCCCCUGCUGCAAUAGAUGAUGAUGAUUUGGAGUCAGCUGAGAAAUUUGCAGACUCUGGCUUCAUUGAUUCCUCUUCUUUGAACACCGAGCGGAAGCUUCCUCGCCAUCGGUACAGCAAGUUGGAGCUGGAGGAGAUACGUGAAAAUGGCGAGUUGUGCAAGCAGAAACCAUCUUACCUGGACCCUGCCUUUUUGAAUGAGAAGGGGCGCUGGGAUCCAGCGAAGUGGCAUGCCUCUUUGACAGGCAUGAGUCAUCACAAAAGUAUUGGGUUAAAGGAAGGAGGACGAUUGCGCGAUCCUAAGGAUCGUCUCCUCCGGGAGGAGCAAGAUGACAUAAUCCUCAGUCCCCAACGGAAGAGCUUCGGGACUGGGUGCCAUGCUUCCUUCUCUUUGCGACCCAGCACGCGACCCGACAGCCCGCCCGGUCCCACCAUGGAGCGGGAACGUGAGAGGGAUCACUCUGGGAUGAGAGACAUGCAUCCAAUACCUCACCAUCCACCCAUGAAUCGUCGAGUUGGCAGCGGACGCAUCUUCUCGCGAGACCGGGAACUCGUCCGGGAUCGAGAUUAUGGGUAUCAGGAAGGUGGGCGAUCGCGAACCGGGAAUCGAUAUCAGCGACCCCGUCGCGAGGAGGAAGAACCGGAGUGGUUCUCUGGAGGGCCGACGUCACAGCACGAUGUUAUAGAACUCCGUGGCUUUGACGAUGACGUCAACGAGGAUCCAGCUCGGACCAAGGUGUCUCCACCUGGCAGCAAAGUUGAAGGAUCUGGGACAGGUCAAAAGAUCUUGGAGAUGCUGCAGCGGUCAGAGGAGGAUUCGCGCAAGGGCGGCCAGGCCAUCCUCGACUUUGCCAAUCAAGCUGGGAUGAAGGGGAAGGUGGUGCGCGUGAGUGAACUGGAGGGUCGCUCCCCAGAUGACCAAGGAGAUCUGUCUGCCUUCAAUCGUCUUGCAAUUGGUUCCGGUCGCACAACAACACCCAUCAUCCUGGAUGAUCCUGCCAUUCAGACAGCUGGAACAGGAAUGAAGGUUGGAAACACAGAAGCCCCUCAGCGCCUUCCUUCUGAGCAGAUACGAGCCUCCCAGGCUGAGGGAGGAACUUCAUCCUAUCCCCCAGAGCUGGUUGCAGCACUCAAGCGUGCCAACAUCAUCCCUGAGCUCCUGACCCGACCUCAGGCGCAGGCCAUCAUCACUGGUCUCUGUAAGGGACAGAUCACACAGGGUCACUUGAUAGAGCAGCUUCAGAAGUCAGUGAUGCCAGCAGUGCUCCGUGAGACAGUGCGGAGCAUUCUGACCCUGGUGAAGGCUCGCAUGACCCUGGAGCUUCUGUUGCUGCCUCCUCAGGGCAUGAGAAAGACUGGCUCUGGUCCCUCCACACCGACCCAUGACCAAGGCAUCGUUCCUUCUGCUCCUCCAGCUGCUCAUGCUGCUGGGAACCGUGUGCCAUCCCCACAAGAGCUGGCAGCACACACCCAGCAGAUCCUCCAGAAUGCUCUGAUCAAGAAGCAUCUGAUGGUGCAGGAGGAGAACUUCCGCAAGCGGCAGCAGCAGCAGCUGCCACAGCAAAGGGUCGACUCUGGCGACAUGCGGGACGAGGUGGGGCAGAAGGCAGCUGCACCCUCCACCCUUGCAUUCACCCCCACAUCUGUGAUGCGAAAGAUGAACUCCACUGCCAACCUGCCCCCUUCGAACGCUGUUUCCGCCAACUACGCUGGCGAAAAUGGAGGUGUCAUGGGCAUGGGUGAAGUACAUCAGACUCGUUCCAUCACAAAGGCUGCACCUCAGUCAGGACUGGGAGGUCGAGGGAUGCUGCCUCAAGGUAUGAUGGGACAAAGUGGGAUGAAGGCCCCCACUCAGGCAACAGUCCCGGCACCUGGUGGCCGCAUGGGAGGCGGGGCAGGUUGGGGGGGCUGGCACACUUCACCUCCACCACCCAUCCCUGCUCCUGGGGGGUUUGCCAAUUUGAACAUGAACAUGAAUGCUACCCCUGCUGCUGCAUCACCCUAUGUUGUCCCCCCUCACAUGAGGUUCAGCAAUCUCCCUCCCAACAUUCUCCUCACGCGUCCUCCUUUCCAGCCCCAUGUGAGAGAUGGAGGAAAGCUGAUGGGCCAUGCUCCAGGUAUGGACAAGGGAGCAGGUGGGGAUGGGCUGUCCCAGUGGUUCGGGCCAGAGAUCCUGAGCCAGGGCGGGGGCCCUCAAGUACCCAUGCAGAAGGCGCUCUCCCUCGAGGAAGUGGAGCGCCUUCAGCAGUUCCAGGCUGCCACCGUGAAGAACUGAAACGAGAGUACAAAGCACUGUCACACGACCACGAACGGAGUGAACGAACGAGUGAGUCGGUUCGGGACUUUGCUACUCAUUCUCCCAUGUGAUCCGAUCGAGUGCGGGAAGCCGGCUUCGAGUGUUCUUGGUCUCAGAGGAAAAGAAAAAGAAAAAGAGUUAUUUAUUUUUCAGAGAGAAAGAGAGAUUCCCUAUCUCCCACUCCCCUUCAAUUUAUUUUGUUCCUAUGUGUGUAAAUAAGAAAUUUUUCCCCCAAGUGUGUUGUACAGAGGAGAAAUGGUCUCGUUGCCCUGUGAUUUGCGCCAAAAAAGCGAGGUUUUGUCUGUGCAUCUGUCCAUCUGGAAGAGUCUGCAUGUGGGUGCAAAUUUUUCUGCCUGUGCUGUCUUCUGUCAUCUGUAAUUUUUUUUUGGAAGUAAGUGCCUUUGCUCUCUGUGGAGAAUCUCUUCAUCUCUCUCUUUCACCUGUUAGUAUGUGAUCUGCCGCAAUUGGAGACCCUCCCAUAAAAUCUCCCCCCCUCCUUUUUUCUUCUGCUAAAAUUUGACGCACAUUCCACGUCUUGUCUGUGCGAGAUAUUAUGAGUGGGUACAACCGGGUUACCAGGCGGUCUCUUGUGUCUUGCGAAUAGGCUAGAAUUUUUGGUUGUAAAUGGUGAUGAAGCUAAUGUUGUCUUGGAAGGAAAUGUUUUGUUCAUGUCCCUUUAGGCCUACUGCUGCCAAGUGGGUAAAAUCUUUUUUCUAGUUCCUUAUUGUCUGGAGAUGAAAUUAUUGAAUAAAGUGAGCUGCAAUGGA